AUUACUUUCGACCUCCAAAGGGAUCAAUACCACAACCGCAACGAAAAUUGACCGAAAACAAACGACGUGGAGACAAGAGAGAAGGGGCUUCUUUCUUUUUACUCUGGCUUGAAGAUCUUGUCUUCUUAAUGCGUGACGAAUUGUACUUGUAG